GUGCACGCGCCACCGCCCAUCAGCUGAGACUAGCAGCGGAGGGCUCUGGGCCCCGGGGUGACGGCGGCUGGGAAAGGAGGAGAAGGAAGCCUGUGAGGUUACGGUGACUCCUUGAAAACCCUAUAGCCUACUUGCAGUUGAUGAAAUCAGCCGGUCAGCCUACCAGCCAUGUCUUACACUCCGGGGAUUGGUGGGGACCCUGCCCAGUUGGCGCAACGCAUCUCUUCUAACAUCCAAAAGAUCACACAGUGCUCUGUGGAUAUACAAAGGACUCUGAAUCAACUUGGAACACCUCAAGAUUCACCAGAAUUGAGGCAACAGCUGCAGCAGAAGCAGCAAUAUACCAACCAACUUGCGAAAGAAACAGACAAGUACAUUAAAGAGUUUGGAUCACUGCCCACCACCCCCAGUGAACAGCGUCAAAGAAAGAUCCAGAAGGACCGGUUAGUGGCGGAAUUCACAACAUCUCUGACAAACUUUCAGAAGGCCCAGAGGCAAGCUGCUGAGAGAGAGAAGGAGUUUGUCGCUCGAGUGAGAGCCAGCUCCAGGGUAUCGGGUGGUUUUCCUGAAGACAGCGCAAGAGAAAAGAAUCUUGUGUCCUGGGAAAGCCAAACACAGCCUCAAGUGCAGGUCCAAGAUGAAGAAAUUACAGAGGAUGACCUCCGCCUUAUUCACGAGAGAGAGUCUUCAAUCAGGCAGCUGGAAGCUGAUAUUAUGGACAUUAAUGAAAUAUUCAAAGACUUGGGAAUGAUGAUUCACGAGCAAGGAGAUGUGAUUGACAGCAUAGAAGCCAAUGUAGAAAGUGCAGAGGUACACGUUCAACAGGCGAACCAGCAGCUGUCAAGAGCGGCAGAUUAUCAGCGCAAAUCCAGAAAAACGCUUUGCAUCAUCGUUCUUAUCCUCGUGGUCGGAAUUGUGAUAAUCUGUCUCAUCAUAUGGGGACUGAAAGGCUGAACCGGGAAGGAGUGGACCGCUGCAUGACGUCGUCUAGGUUAUGUAUGCAGAUGCUCGGGAUCACUUUCUACUGUUAUUAAGGCUGUGGUGUAAAGGAUGGUCCCAUACUAUGUCAUUUUUGUUGGGGGUGGGGAAGGAGGUUCUUUUGGAUUCGAUCUGAUAAUUUCUAAUACUGAAGGUUUUUCUAAAUACCAUUGCUGGUAUAGCAUCCAUGCUUUUUAGUUCAAUGACUGUUGGAUUUUGCUCACAUUGUGUAUGAUGUUCAUUUAUAACUUAUUUAUAUUGUUUGACUGAGUUUGGGGAAUUAUUUGAUUGGUAUGUGUAUUCUGCUUGCACCCCUGCAUUAUGUAACAUGAACCAGACUGUGCUAUCAUUUUUUUUUUAAAUUCAGGUUUAAAUUUGAUUUGUUCAGCCACUAUUCUCAGUAUCAAAACCAUACCAUACCUACUUGUGGGACAUUUUAUCCCCUGUGGUUCACAGCAGUGCCAAUCAUUAUUGAUCUUUCAUUAUCAGAUUGCUUUUGUCCUCUCUGAAUAGAACCCAUGAACCAGUUCCCAGUGUGUAUAUAUACAUUUCUGUGUAUUGUGUAGGAAAGAUGGUUAGGAUAGAUUGUCUUCACAUGUGGGCUGCUCAGUUCGAUGUGUCCCAAGGAGUGCAUAGGGACUGGAAUGUUUUGUGUAACUUGGAGGAAUUGCCUGAAAAACUACACCCAUAUCUAUUCUGUUUAGAUGCUAAAGAUUCCAGUUUCUUAUUGCACUGCACAGUCUUCGUACUGUGGUUCUGUGUUCUACAGAAUACUGAUUAGAUGUGUAUCUUUGAGUCAUUAUCACAAAGUAACUUUCCCACACUUGAAGAUUUGGGACUUAAUUUUUGCACAAGUUUUGACACUUAAAUUUAUAGUUUAUUUAGAGUGCCAUUCGUUUUUUUAACCAUAUUUUAUUAGAAUAAAAAUCAGAUGUCUGCCAAUGAACUCACUUGCCUUUUAAAAAUCAAUGUUUAAUGCAGUAAUCUGAAUGCUGUAAAAGGGGUUAUCUUGCUUAACAUUUGUGUUUUCAUAAUGUCAUGUUAUAGCAGUUUGCUAGUGAAGGCGUUGUUUAAUGUGGCAGGCUCUGGAACUUUUAAAUGGGAACAAGUGAAAUCGGAACUAAUAAUUGUGUCCUUGCAAGCAGAAUAAAGAUGAUUUCAGAGAUGUCUGCUAA